CCGUCCAAAGCCUCUGGUUUUCCUAAACCUAAAAUCUCGUGGUACAAAGACAACAAGAAAGUAGACGAGCGAUUCUAUGCAACUGGUGCUCUACGAAUAAACAAUGUCAAGUUCCAAGACCAUGGGGUUUACUUAUUGAAAGCAAAGAAUUUAAUUGGUCAAGCAACAGCGAAAAUGAAACUCAUUGUAAAUGUUGCUCCACGAUUUGUGGUUCUGCCUCCACWUUACGUCGCUGGUUAUGAARACUGGAACACAACCAUCACAUGCAAUAUAUUUGGGUUUCCUCCUCCGCGGAUCGAGUGGACACGCGCACCGAAAGCCAUGCCAAAAGGACGCCAUGUAAAAUCUGGWAAAAGCCUUAUUAUCAUGAAUACAAAGAUAAAGGACAAGGGACCAUACAUGUGCAGGGGAAUCAAUAACCAAGGGAACGUGUUUGCCAUGGUAGUGCUUAAUGUUUAUUAUGUCAUUGCUCCAGUCAUCGUACAAUCCUCUCCUAAUAAUGUGACGGUGAACAAAAUCUUGAGCCGCGUCAAAUUAAACUGUUCGGCUACUGGAUCGCCGCUGCCAACGAUCGAGUGGAGCAAAGAUGGCCGACCUUUAUCUGUAAACACUACAGUUCGCCAGACCAAUAAAGAAACUAUAGGCGAGUUGGUCAUUGAUUCGUUCAUGCCUCAAGACCAAGGACGAUACAAAUGCUUUUUUAGAAACUACGAGAAUGGAACGGACGAAACUACAAUACAAAUCUCCCUAAUGAGCUGUGGUGAUCCUGGAAAACCAUUGAAUGGCUAUCGCACUGGCAAUGAGUUCUGGGCUGGAAAUAUGGUAUUUUAUACUUGUGAUCCUGGUUACUACUUGGUGGGACCAUCCAACCGACUUUGCCUGGAAAAUGGUGCAUGGAGCGACUUCAUUCCAUCAUGUUAUAAGAGGUAUUAUUCAAUCAUUCUUAAAAAUCGAGAGCAUUACUAUGAUUUGAUGAAACAAUGGCUGGCUCCAGUGACAAACAAGCCAAUAAGAUGGGUACCAUGCUACCAAAGCAGACAUCACGGAUGGGCCAGCAGAACAUUCCACGCAAAGUGCGAUGGUAAAGGCCCGACUAUUACAAUCAUCAAAGUGAACAAAUACAUAUUUGGAGGCUAUACAGACGUCAGCUGGCAUUCCARARRKUCUUACAGCAAAUCAGUGAACUCGUUCCUGUUUUCAUUCGUAAACAAAGAUAACUUGAAGCCAUUUAAAAUGAAAGUUUUCAGAUCACAGUAUGCAAUUUAUGGACGUAGCAUCGACGGACCAACCUUUGGAUACGGCUGGGACAUAUAUAUUAGUGAUAAUGCUGGUAGCAACACAAACUCCUAUACGAACCUUGGACAUAGCUAUGUACUGAUUAAGGGCUACACAUAUCGAUCAACUAAAGCAAAGAACCUUCUUGCAGGAUCGUACUACUUUCAGCCAGACGAGGUCGAAGUGUUUCGACAAGAUGGCUUAGACGUUUAGGUGAAAGAAACACUAACAAAACACAGGGAUCCCACAUAAUAUAUCGAUGUCACUUUUAACACAUACGAUAUUUGCAGGAAAUGGACUUAUCGAAUAAUGCGUUGUUACAAACGUUUCCAUCCAGUUCAAACCACCCGGUAGUAAGUUUGUUUCUUUGUAUUUUCAU